AUGAUCCCGACUCGUGCAGUGCUCAGUAAAGCCUCUCGACUCCCGCUAACUCCCAAGCAUGGAAAUAAGGACUUUUACAAGGGAACAAGAGCGGCGUACUUGCCUGGUGGUCACCGCACCGGCGCACCCGGAAAACAUGUAGUAGGGGGCAAGGCCAAAUUCAGAGUCGUGGACGAGAUGGUUCGGUAUUUUGUCGCACCGCCUAUACAGGAUAUUGUCAACUCACCUCUGAAACCAUACGUCCGUACUGGAACUAAGCUCUCCCUGUCCGAGCGAGAAGAAGCAUAUGGAAAACUUCCCCAGGGUGGAUUCGGAGGUUCUCAGUAUUUAAAACUCUCCAGAGCGCUGUACGAGGAAAAGUAA